CGAAAUACGAAAUGUAUUGAACAUUCAUUCGGUUGCUGUGGAUAUAUUACAUUUAUGCUAUAUAUUUUUCGAAGCAAAACAAAGAAAUAUUUUAUCACUGUUGACCUAACCCCAAAUUAGCGCGCAAACAAACUAAAUCGAAGCCCUAUUAGUUACACAUAACGUCACAAAAGCUUCCAGUGAUAUUUCCAUUACAUUAUAACUCCGCUGGGUCACAUCCUCGUGUCGACAGAUCUGUUUAAAAUGGUUAUUCAAAGGUUAAUGAAAUGCGUCACGAAUUCUGCCAUAAAGCCAUCUCUUCGUGUUCCGUAUCAACAUUUCACGAGCAGGUUAAUACAUACCACACGUUUAAUUUUGGCAGAACGGUUGUACACAGACAAACAUGAAUGGAUCGAGGUUGAAGGAUCCACCGGUAAAAUUGGAAUAUCACAAUAUGCUCAGGAGGCUCUUGGCGACGUAGUUUACGCACAGCUACCAGAUGUCGACACUAUCUUACAACAGAAAGAUGAAUGUGGUGCAUUAGAGAGCGUUAAAGCCGCAAGUGAAAUUUAUAGUCCAAUUUCUGGAAAAGUUGUAGAAAAAAAUUUGAAUGUUGAAGAAACACCCUCGUUAAUAAACGCUUCAUGUUAUGAUAAAGGUUGGUUAUUCAAGGUAGAAUUAUCGAAUAAGGAAGAACUCAGUAGUUUAAUGUCAGAAGAACAAUACAAGACAUUUGUUAAAACUCAAGACCAUUAAACAUCAAACUGUGUAAAUGCAUUUUAAUUAAACCAGAUUAAUAUUGAA